GAUCAAGGGAUGUUUGCUGCCAUUCUGGCAGCAGAAAACAGGGCACUGAAGGCUGCAAAUGAGAAGCAAAAGAGAAAGCAAGAGAGGCGCCGUACAUAUAUAGGACAGGAAGAUGCUUUAACUAUUGAAGAAGGGAUAGAUCGUGUACGAAGAGCUAAUGAAGAGGAGAGUAGGGUGGUUGAGGUUACUGAGGAAAGACCACAAAAACGUGCUGCACUUGUGGUGAAAUUUGACUGUGAAGCUGUUAUAGAUUACGUUAUUGUGUCACAUGACUAUGAAUACAUCAAGACUAUUACUGAAGUUACGUUGGAGGACGCUGGUUACAGAUUCGCCAAGAAGCCAAACAAAUAUCAUGGCAUUCCUUUUCGGCCGAGUGUGAUAACUGAACAUUUUGGAUUACCUGACUCCGAGACCUGA